UGUCCCCCCCCCACCUCGGCACCUGCCCAAAAGUUUGGGUUGGGCAGGGUAUGACUGUGCCAUGGUGGGGGGGGGGGGCACACACGUAUUUCCCCCACCUCCACAUCUUGGGGUGAAGGGAGGUGACCGAGGCCGUGCCACCGCUGCCCCACUCGCGACGUCGCCCACUCGGGGAGGGGGGACACACACGACACACCAGCUAAACCCCCCCCACCCCGGAGGGGUUCUCCAUGGGUGGUCCGUGCCCCCCCCCCAUCGUUACUCUGGCCCCUGUCAGCACUUGUUUGGGGGGGGGGGUGGGUGACUCACUGGGUGGGUCAAGCCCCAAAACUGGGCAAAAACCACAAAAAUCCGGCUGCUUUCGCUUAUCCUGACGUGGGGGGGGGGAGGAACAUUAGGGCCACCAGGGAGGGGGGGCCACCACCAGGGUGGGGACAAGGCCACCUUCCGUGUCCCUGAGCCCCCCCCGCCGCCCCCCCGGGGCUGGUUGGGCCGGUUGGGGUUGGGACUGUGGCCCUGUUUGGGGGUGCAGGAUGUGGCCCAGCCCCCCCCGGGGGGUGUGUGUGUGUGUGUGUGUGUGUGUAUCCCCCCACUGUAUGUGUGUGUGUCCCCCCCCCCGAUGUGUGUGUGUGUGGCCCCCCCGGCCCCUACCGCGACGUCAGGCUGGUGACUCAGCCCCGCCGCAGGAUUCGGCCCCGCGCCCUCCCCGGCUCCUUCAUAAGGCGGCGGAGCCGGCGGCGGCCCCACAGCACCCGACGCCAUGGCUGCCUUCAGCCUCCUCCUCCUCCUCCUCCUCGGUGCCGCCGUGGUGGCCCUGGAGGGACCCCAGCACGUGGCACAGGAGAGCCUGGUCCUGCAGCACCCCGACAUCGAGCAGCAUGAGGUGCGUCAGGAGGAGCAGGACCCCCCGCUGCCCCCCGACGUCCUGGCAGCGCUGGCGGGUGUCCCGGCCUCCCCCAGCCACCCCCCGCCCCGCUCCAACACCCUGGACGGCUUCCCCCCGCCCUGGCCCGUGGCCGCCGCUGUCACCCGUCACUGCCGCCACCCGCCGCCGCCCCCCCCGACCCCCCAGCUGCCCCCCAGCUCCUUCGCCCACCUCCGGCGACAAGCGGCCGCCCUCGACGCCCUCCGGUCCCGCCUCGGCGCCUGCUGCCACCGCGCCCCCCCGCUGCCCUGCGCCCGCCGAGCCUGGACGGAGGUGCUGGACGGCUUUUGCGCCGAUGAAUUUGGGGUGAAAACGCGGCAGUUCCACUGCUGCCGGCAGCGCGGCGAGGCGCGGCACCGCUGCUUCAAGGAGGCGGCCGCCGCCGCGCCCCCCGCCCCCCCCCCCGCCGCCGUUGCCCCCCCCCCCGCCGCCGAACCGCCCUUCCCGCCCGGCGAACCCACCGCCGCCAACAUGGACAAUAUUUGCGGGUUACGGGGGCUGCGGCCCGGCCCCCCCGGCCCCUCCGGCCCCUCCGGCCCCCGCGUCCGCCUCCGCCUGCGCCUGGAGCGCGACUACGGCCGGUGCUGCCGCAACAGGAGCCUGGCCUGCGCCCACGAGGCCUGGCAGAAGGGGCUGCAGCGGUUCUGCCGGGAGGAGGCGGCGGUGAAGACGAGGCAGCACCGGUGCUGCCAGCACGGGGGGGGCCGCGCCCGCAGCCGCUGCUUCGCCGCCGCCGCCCCCCACCCUGCCUACGACCGGGAGCUGCACAACGUCAGCCUGGCCCGGCCGAGCCCCGCGCUGCUCCGCACCCUCUGCGGGCCCACCCGCCUGCUCACCAAGAGGCGGCCGGUGCCGGAGCUGCUGGGGGCCGUGACGGCCGCGUGCUGCCCACUGCCCCCCGAGGAACAAAGCGCCUGCACCCAGGACCAACUGUCCCAGGGCAUCGCCACCCUCUGUGAUACCCAGCGGGACACCUGGCGCGACCCCCAAGGCUGCUGCUCGCGGGGGGGCCCCGAGCGGCGUCGCUGCUUCGACACCAAGUACCUGGCCCAGGUGACCCUGGGGGCUGCCGUGGCCCCCCAGGACUAACAACCCCCGCCGGGGUGAGGAGGGGGGGGGGCAAUAAAGGUGCUGGGGUGUCACCUC